GCGUGAGGGAAGCAGUGUGCACUGCAGGCAGUGACGUCUCACUGCCGGGGAAUCUUUGCUCGGUGACACGAACAUUUAUUGAAGCGGACCAACAUGGCCGCACUGCGGAGGAUAACAGCCUGCUUCCGUCUACUCAGGAGUUCAACUCGUGUCCUCAUCAGUAGCGGCAAACCUGCGGGGAAAUGGACAAACAUUCUGUACACAGGUAUAUCGUCACUAACUGUGGGCGGUGCGCUGUGUGCUAUACCUUUCAAACAGGCUGACAACCUCUCUCGUGACUCUCUGGUCAGACGAGCAGCCUCUCUGGUUACAGACAGUUCAAGCACCUUUCUCUCUCAGACCACUUUAGCUCUUAUUGAUGCCAUCACAGAGUACUCUAAAACUGUGCACACACUCAUUUCCCUCCAAAGGCGAUAUUUGGAAGCGCUGGGAAGACUAUCUCAAGUAGAAGAGGAUAAAAUCUGGCAGGUGAUCAUUGCCCAGCGUUCUGAGGUUGAGGACAGACAAGAUGAAUGCAAACGUUUUGAGUCCACCUGGUUCAUCGCAGUCAAGCUGUGUGAAACGGCGGCUGAGGCAGCACGCACAUCAGGAGCUGAACAUGCGUCCAUCACGGUGUCGACGAACAUUCAGGUGGCCCUGACGCAGGUGGAGGAGGCACAGAAACUGUCAAAGGAUGCCGAUAAAAAGUUGAUCGAGAUUAAAGUAAUGGAGGUUGAAAGGAUGGCGCAACAUGCUGCUUCCUUACAGAAUGAUAGUGAUGAGGAAGAGGUGCCUGACGCUUAUCUAAGAGAAGAUUGAAACAAAUACUGGGAGGUAUCAGAAAACAGAGGAAAGCAUUAAAAAAGUGUGAUAUGCUUUCAAAGUAAAUUUACUUUUUAUCACUCUUAUAAUGUUUGUCUCUUUUUGAGUCUUUAAUGUUUGGCUGUAACUACUCAUGUGGAUUGUGCACACAUGUAAAUGCUUACAUCUGUACAUAAUCUGCAAUGUUGAAUCACACAAAGGGAGGGAAACGCCUCAGUAAUUCAGCAACUCCUUCAUAAGUGUUAUUUAAGUCAUUUAAGACUAUGUAUUUGAGAAAUUACUUCUACCUUCUAGGAAUAUGUUUUCCGUCUAUUGCUUAUUUUAUUGUGACUCGAUCAUUUUUGUGUUUUAAUUUGUCUAAUUCAGUGUAAUAAAGACAAGAGACGAGACAAAAA